GAGGAGGAGGAGGAGAUGGAUUUGGCGGCCGAGGAGGAGGAGGAGAGAGAUAUGGCGGCGGCGGAGGAGAAGGAGGAGGAAGAGGAGGAGAAGGAGGAGGAGGAUGGGGAAGAGGAAGAAGAAGAGUACAUGGAGGAGGAGGAUAACGAGGAGGAGGAUAACGAGGAGGAGGAUAACGAGGAGGAGGAGAAGGAGGAGGAGGAGGAGGAGGAGGAGGAGGAGGACGAGGACGAGGAAGAAGAGGAGGAGGAGAAGGAGGAUGGGGAAGAGGAAGAAGGAGAGGAGAAGGAGGAGGAGGAGAAGGAGGAGGAGGAGGAGGAGGAAGAAGAAGUGGAGCAGGAAAGAGGAGGAGCAAAAGGCGGAAGAGGAGGAGGAGGAGGAGGAGGAGGAGGAGGAUAACGAGGAGGAGGAUAACGAGGAGGAGGAUAACGACAACGA